AUGGGUGGGUGCAGACUGGCUGGUGCAGGCUGGGUGGGUGCAGGCUGGAUGGGUGCAGGCUGGAUGGGUGCAGACUGGGUGGGUGCGGGCUGGGUGCGGGCUGGGUGGGUUCAGGCUGGGUGGGUGAAGGCUGGGUGGGUGCAGGCUGGGUGGGUGCAGGCUAAAUGGGUGAAGGCUGGAUGGGUGAAGGCUGGGUGGGUGCAGGCUAAAUGGGUGAAGGAUGGAUGGGUGAAGGCUGGGUGGGUGCAGGCUGGGUGGGUGCAGGCUAAAUGGGUGAAGGCUAGGUGGGUGAAGGCUGGGUGGGUGCAGGCUAAGUGGGUGCAGGCUGGGUGGAUGCUGGGCGGGUGGAUUCUAGGUGGGUAUAUGCUGGGUGGGUGGAUGCUUGCUGGGUGGGAGGAUGCUUGCUGGGUGGGAGGAUGCUAG